CGUAACUGCCACGAUUGCUGCGAAGAAGACGCUACUUCUAUUAGGAACAAGUGGUAAAUUGGUACUUCUCGGUAGCGCGAUGUUAACGAGGAAACCGCAUUAAUACGGGACUCUUCUCUCUCACAACGACGCGGCGUGGUUUUCGUUCGAUAUAAAAUAAGUUCGCGGAGACGGAACGCACGGAAGAAACAUGGGGUGCAAUACCAGCAAAGAGAGCGUCCAGCCGGCGGUGGAAGAAGCGAAAGAAAGCGAUUCCGUCAAGAACGGGGAUAUCUCAAAAACAGAGGAGCCAACGACAGAGAAGUCGUCGGAUAAGGAGAAGGAAAAAGAUAUAGAGGACGAGAAAGAGAAAGAGGCGGCGGCCACGAAAAUACAAGCGGUUUUCCGUGGACAUCACGCUAGGAAAAGUCUGAGAGCGUCAGAAACCUCGUCGAGAACCGACGAAGCGCCCUCGGAAUCUACAAAGGAAUUUACGGAAGAACCUACGAAGGAGCAGCUCCAAGAGGAAUUCUCCGCCGACGAUCAGGCGCUUUGCAACGCAGCGACAAAAAUACAAGCGACUUUCCGAGGCCACAUGUCGAGAAAGGAGCAGGCCGUCACAGCCGCUAAAUCAGCGAUGAACAAGGUUGAGAGCGCGGCUACGAAGAUCGAAGAAAAGAUGCAAGACGCCGUGAAUGAAUUAGAAGGGAUCGACCUGGCCGAUCCGGACUUGCAUAAGGCUGCAACUAAGAUCCAAGCGAGUUUCCGCGGACACAAGGUCCGUCAGGAAGUCAACAUCCAUUCUACUGCCGACGAAUCUAAAAAAUAAGACGCUUAAUUAAACCUCGAACGUAGGGAUGUGCUGGGAGAAAAGUUAUUAUUACUUAUUACAGCCAGUGCCAUUCUUAAAAAGGUUGAAACUCCAUCCCCCUUAUAUUUCCUAUUAUCUUACAUAAUAAUGUAGCAUCCGUGAAAAAAAAAAAAAAAAAAAAA